UCUCUUAAAGCUCAUGUUAAUCAUUUGAUGUCUUUCUUAUGUUUUUUACAUUUUUGGUUGACAGAUCAAUCCAUCUUUUGGCGUUUUGGGUUCUGUUUGAGAACGCAAUGUCACUGGUUAGAACAAAGGCUCUUGUCAUGGGGUUGUUUGAAACAGGGAGAGUACAAGAAUGGGUUGUGACAGAGAAGUUAGGUGACGGUCUCAAGACGAAGCUGAUUGCACAAGCACCUGAAGAACAUCACGUCAGAUUCAGAGAUAGGGUGCAUUUGAUGGAGCUAUUGGUUGGAGUGUACCUGUUAUUCUGCGGAUGCUACGACAUCAUCUACGGGAAGAGGACACUGUUUCUGUACCUUCUGUUCCAGUCAAUGGGUUUCUUCGUUGUUGGUUUUGGGUAUGUGGGCAAAUAUGUUGCUGCUUCAUCAUCCUAACAUUAGAUUUCUAGAUCGAAAAGAGUCUCAAUAUGUCUCAAAAGGUUUUUUAGUUGUUGAUACCAUAUUGAGAUUACCCUUUUUUUUUUGUUUGGGAGGUCUGAGAGUAAUAAUGAUAUAUAAACUUUGUAUUACUACCACUUGAGUGUUUGUUACACAACGAAUAUAUCUCAAAUGUGACCGAUACAGUCUCUAGUA